GAGCACUAGGACCCGGGGGAGCGCUCGGCCCCGCCCCGCUCCCAGCCCGGGAAGCUGCGAGCGAGGACCGCUAGCCGCCCCCGAGAGUUGCCAGCGAGAGGCGGCGGGAGAAGGAACCAGCCCCCGCCCUGGGGCCACGGGAGACGUGAUGAAUCAUGCAAGAAAGGAGAGGGAAGAUCACACUGAAGAUCUGCACAGUCCAUUGUGAGUGGUGAUGCUAGUGGGUGGAACUGAAGCUGUGAGCGGAGCUUGGGAGAGGACUGUGACAUACUCUUCCCUGGAAACAAACCAGCCUGCAUAAAUAAACCAGUGACUGAGAUAUUAUUGGAAAGGUAUUUGGCAAGACCGUAGCUGCUCAAGCCGGGGCUUCUAGCUGCGUAUGGAUUAGGUGGAGUCACAGGAUACAGGGUGAUUCAUCCGCCUUGUAAUGAAAACCCUGCCACAUGAACUGCGAGUCACCAAUUACACUUCAGAUCCAGGGCUACUUAACAGAAUUAGCGUCACCUUCUUCAAAGGCACUCUUGUCUCGUGCGGUGAUGUGAGUUACGCGACAAAGGCAGCGAUGUUCGUAAAUAUCACUGAGCGGAUCCUGCCCUGAAAUGACUUUCUAUUUACCUUACUGAGUGAAGCCUGCUUCAGUUCUGCCUUUGGCAGUUGCCAGAAGUUGUCGGUUCCUGGGUGAAGUUUAAAGAAGUAGCCCAGCCAUUUGGGUUUUCAUUCUUGGUAAGAUUUUUCCCUGAUAGAGUUUCCAUCGUUCAGGACAUGUCAAUCUAGAGGGGAGAACGCUCUGAGAAGUAGGCUAUAGGACAGGCUCCAUCCACGCCUGGCAAGAUGGGUCUGAAUUCUGCAGCAUGACCCCUUGAUUCUGCAACGUUCUGAUGUAACAGACGGGAGAUGCGUUAAGAGCUUCAUUUAUGAGGCCAGCAGCAUAGUGAAGGAGUGAGAGUUGCUGGGAGCUGCCAAACGUCGCUGACCGCCACCAAGCACCAUGACAACGAUCAACGGUCCCUCAGACAGGUAUAAAGCCGUCUGGGUGAUCUUCUUCACACUCGGCCUGGGGACGCUGCUGCCAUGGAAUUUUUUCCUGACAGCCACCAGGUAUUUCACCAACCGCCUCGGGGGUCCCCAGAACAUUUCCUCCCUGGAGCGCCUCCCUGGACUGAACAGCACGUAUGAGGGCCGGGAGCCUCCCCCCACCUACCUGCAGGCUAGGUUCAACAACUUCAUGACGCUCUGCGCCAUGCUACCCCUGCUCAUCUUCACCUGCCUCAACUCCUUCCUCCACCAGAGGAUCCCCCAGAAAGUCCGUAUCCUGGGCAGCCUGGUUGCCAUCCUUCUGGUCUUCAUGAUGACAGCUGCCUUGGUAAAGGUCCCCUUGGAGCCACUCCCCUUCUUCGUCAUCACCAUGGUCAAGAUCAUCCUCAUCAAUUCCUUUGGUGCCAUCCUCCAGGGCAGCCUCUUUGGAUUGGCUGGUCUGCUGCCUGUCAGCUACACAGCCCCCAUCAUGAGCGGGCAGGGCAUGGCAGGGACCUUCGCAGCUCUGGCCAUGAUCUGUGCUAUCUCCAGCGGCUCAUUGCUGGCAGACAGCGCCUUUGGCUACUUCAUCACAGCCUGCGUGGUGAUCCUGCUGGCCAUCGGCUCCUACAUCCUGCUGCCCCGCCUGGACUUCUUCCGUUACCAUUCGAUGAAGGACAAGACCGAGUAUCGGGUCCACGAGAGGCAUGCUGAGCCGGAGAACACGAUCGACCUGAUCAAGAAAGAUGAGUCCAAUGGAGUGGAACAGAGUUACCCGAACAACACGGCCCCCCAAGUUCCCGGCCAGAAGCCCUCUGUCUUCAGCAUCUUUAAGAAGAUCUGGGUCAUGGCUCUGUCCGUCUGCUUCAUCUUCACUGUCACCAUUGGGGUCUACCCGGCCGUCACCGCCGAGGUGAAGUCCACGAUUGCCGGGAGCAGCAAGUGGGAGAUGUACUUCAUCCCUGUCUCCUGUUUCCUGAUGUUUAAUAUCUUCGACUGGCUGGGACGGAGCCUCACGGCCGUCUGCUUGUGGCCCAGGAAAGACAGCCGGCUCCUGCCCUUCAUGGUGGCUGCUCGCAUAGUCUUCAUCCCCCUCUUCAUGCUGUGCAACGUGCAGCCCCGCAACCACAUGCCCGUUUUCUUCCACCAUGACGCCUGGUACAUCAUCUUCAUCAUCCUCUUCUCCAUCUCCAAUGGCUACCUGGCCAGCCUCUGCAUGUGCUUCGGGCCUAAGAAGGUGCCCACCCAUGAAGCUGAGACGGCCGGAGCCAUCAUGGCCUUUUUCCUCUCGCUGGGCCUGGCGCUGGGAGCUGUGUUCUCCUUCCUCUUCCGGGUGGUGAUCUAGCGGGGUGGCAGCAUGGAUACUGAGGCCGUGCUUGGCUCAGCUUCUCGUCCCCUGGCAAGCGCGUAGAGGCUACGGUGCUGGGGGGACGUCUCCUGUGCACUGCUAUGAACUCUCACUGCCUUAGCAGACCUUAUGCCCUGUGACCAGGGGAGUGACCUCCACCUGCCCUGAGGAUGGCUUGGGGCUCCUGUGGCUGGGCCACUUUGCCCUAUCCCCAGCUUGUGUGAUGGCUCCAGGACCUGUGCCCCCCGUACUGUGUGUGACUGUUGGAUCCCACGCACACACAGAUCUCCCCCUGCCCAGUGUUGUGUGACUUCCUCCGCACGCACAGAUGCCAGGAUCCUGCCUCAAAUUCAUAUCACACCCGCCAAGUCUGGGGUCCUUGGCUCAACAGAGAAGAGAGUGCCUGGGGUCACUGCCCCUUUGGGGGCUGCUUGUGACUUGCUCUCCCCAUCCCAGCCUCCUCUCGAGGUGGCCCUGGAAAGUUCACCCUUGUCCAGUUUCUCUCCCCCUGCCCCCAGCAAGGGAAAUGAACUAACCCCCAUGCCUGGCCGAGGAAAGGGGAGCCCUGCAGACUACACCCCUGCACCCUCUGCCCUAUAUACGUGUGUGCUGCCCAUUGCUAUAGCUGCUGAGCCUCUCAGACAUUUGUAGCUUUAUUCCUCCCCCUCCGUCCCGAGAGAUAGGGAAGUGUCAUGACUCCAGAUGAGGAAGUGGGGCAGGGCUGGAGAUAGAGCCCAGGUGCCUGGAGUACCAGUCAGAUGCCUCAAUUACUGCACUUCCUUCCUCUUCUGCCCUGGCCUUUCCCCUGCUCCUGACCUCCCUUCAGUUGCCAUUCACCCCAGCUGCUUGCACUGCCCCAGACUUUGAUCCGCCCCCUGCGGCAGUCUCUACCUUCCCCAGGAGGAGGUGCUGCAGGAGUGGAGCAGGCACGCUGGCGGGGCGGGGGCGGGGGUGCCCAGAGAGUGAGAAGGCCGAUGGAGAACCGCACUGCCAGGAGCCACCCCAUGCUCCGCGAGGCCUUGCCUGGCUGAGUGCCCCUUGGUGGGGGCCCGGCCCGUUCAUCUCUGUAAAUGUAUCUGUACAGUUGCCAUUUUCUAUACAAAGAGUGAACAUGC